AAACAGGUGGACUGCUUGCAAGAAGCGCCUCCGUGGAUCAAGUGAAAUGCUCAUUAACUAAUCACUGGCUGUUACUUACGGUAUACGAUGUCUCUAAGAAGAAGCAUCAUAAUUAUUAGUUGUGGUCUUACCAUCUUAAGCAGCAUAAUUGAAGUAAGCAAUGCCCAACUUCCUGUAGAUAACAACAAUGGAACGGAAAAUGAGAAGAUGAGUCGCAUUGACUUUUUGGAUGACCAGCGUAUCAGGCCCAAUGUUUCAGGUGGCCCAGUAAAGGUGAAGCUAAGCGUCUACAUACUGUCUCUUGGUCCAUGUGAAGAUCUAAGCAUGGAAUGCGACAUCACUUUGUACCUUCGAAUGCAAUGGUUUGACAGUAGAGAAGUGUUCAAUGGUUUAAAGUAUGUUAUAUUACGAGGUGAUGAUACGGAUGUUUUCUGGAAACCAGACGUAUUCUUCGUCAACGAAAAACGCGCUACAAUACCUGACGUCACAAUCAAGAACAUGGCGGCCCGUAUCUAUCCUGCGGGUUAUAUAUUUUUCAGUGUAAGGGUUAGUCUUAGAGUCACGUGUCAAAUGCAUCUGGCAUUAUUCCCUAUGGAUACUCAAACGUGUUUUGUUGCAGUUGAAUCAUAUGCGUAUCCGACAUCUGAUUUGGUACUGGAGUGGGACGCCGUAGCCGUAGAUACACAUAAGGAUCUCAAAGUCUCCCACUUCAUACUCAGUCGCUUGUGGUCGGAUGUUGAGUUGCAAAACUAUACAACCGGUUUUUUCAGCACUGCCUACCUACGGUUUGAAAUUACCAGAGAGCUGUUAUCUUACAUGAUUACGUCAUACGUUCCCAGCGCCCUGUUGGUUAUGAUCUCAUGGCUGUCAUUCUGGAUCGACAUCCGGGCCACCCCAGCGCGUGCCACUCUCGCAGUAACAUGUCUUCUGACCAUGUCUCAUAUUGCUUUGGAGUCGGAUUCAUUUGCAAAAUUUCAAACGAUCACCGCAAUGGAUGUCUGGAUGGCGACAUGUCUGUGCUUUGUAUUUGGUGCCAUGAUGGAAUUCGCCACGGCAAGCUACACACUGACAAAGCCAAAAACCAUUAAACCAAAAAAAGGUGAUACGAGCGCAUCCCUGGAAGAGAAUGAAAACAGUAAGAGUCGACCAUCAACCGUCACCAGCAGUUCAUCAACAGCGAACUCUAUGGAUACCUGCUCACGUGUUCUUUUUCCUACUGUCUUUUUAAUAUUUAACAUUUGCUAUUGGGUAUUAUAUCAAUUUGCAACAGUCAAAAACGCCUAAUUUACUUAUACACUUUGAUAAUAGUCGUUAAGGUAGAAUAUACAACUGGAAGUUUUCUGGAAAUAGAUUUAUUUAGAUAAUAGAUAAUUACUUACUUCGCCUACAGCUCUAUUUAAUAAAAAUGCUUUAAUUAAGGAAUGUGUUUUCAAAUUAAUCUCUGAAAACGUAGGAAUAGGUAACCACUUGUAUUCAUAUAUAGUGUAUAGGCAUACAAUUAUUUUAAAAAUCGUAAUAACUCUUUAUUUAAACAAAUUAUUCAUUAUAAACUUUAUCUUUGUAAACGUUGACAAAUAAAUAGCAAUAAAUUGUAGUCAUAG